GUGAGAAAGAGGGGGAAAGACGCAGAAACUCCAGAGGGCAGGAGACGGAGAGGAAAGGAGAGGCUUGUGGGGGAGACAGACGGCAGCACCAUGGCUCUCCUAGCCUGCCCCCAGGCAGUCCUGCUCCUGCUUCCCCUCGCUGUCCUCCUGGCUGGCUGUUCCCCCACUCCCACGGAGGAGUGUCCGCAGAUGGGCUUCCGGCUGCGGUCAUUCCACCUGAUCUCCAGAUGUAACAUCACAGUGCUGGCAGAAAAACAGAAGCAGGAGAUCCAGGCCUCGACCACCGUGCUCCUAAUCCCCUGCCUCUACCUGCUGGCCUUCCUCAUCGGACUCCCCGCCAACAUCAUCGCCCUCUGGGUCCUGGUGUUCCGCACCAAGAGGUUACCGGCCACCUGGCUGCUGAUCAACCUGACAGCCACUGACCUCAUGCUCCUGGCCGUGCUGCCCUUCCGCAUCGCCUACCACUUCCACGGGAAUGACUGGGUGUUCGGGGAGCCCCUGUGCCGGCUGGUCACUGCCCUCUUCUACGGGAACAUGUACGGCUCUGUGCUGUGCCUCACGCUGGUCAGCGUGGACCGCUACGUGGCCCUGGUGCACCCCUUCGGAGCCCGCACCCUCCGCAGCUGGCGGUCUUCCCUGUGCAUGAGCGCGGUGGUUUGGGUGGUCAUUCUGCUGGCCAUGCUGCCCCUCCUCCUCUCGCGCCAGUCCUUCCCGCUCAGCGACCCGCCCAUCACCACCUGCCACGACGCCUUGCCAGAGGUGGACCAGGAGACCUUCUUCCAGCCUUACUUUGCCACCCUGUUCACCGCCUGCUUCCUGCUCCCCCUGCUGGUCAUCGUGUUCUGCUACGGCGCAGUGCUGCGCACUCUGCUGGCCGGGGGCCAGCGCUACGCCCACGCCGUGCGCGUCACCGUCCUGGUGCUGCUGAUCUUCCUCGUGUGCUUCCUCCCCAGCAACAUCCUCCUCCUCCUGCACUACACUAACUCGGAGCUGAUCACCGACGAGCAGGACCUGUACGUGCCCUACAUGGUCAGCCUGGCCGUCAGCACCUUCAACAGCUGCAUCGACCCUUUCAUCUUCUACUACGUUUCUGACGACUUCAGAGCCAGGGUCAGGAAGGCCUUGUGCUGCCAGCUCAUCGCAGAUCGGGACUCCUCCUCUGGCAACCGGGUGUCCUACUCAUCGUCAGGGAAGUCUGGGAAGUCCAAAACCACCCUGCUGUCCAAGUCUGACACCACCCUGGAGCAGAGUGCUGCUUUAUAACACCAUCGCUGGGUCUGGGCUCAGAGUCAGUCUCCUGCCGCACACAUCGGUCCCCACAUCCCCAUCCCUGCUAGUUCUGACUGGGUCGGACAUGUGGUCCUUGACAUGUUCAGAUGUGAUUUUUGGACAUUCCCAUUUGCAGUCAGCAAACUUAGUAAUCUGGACGUCGGGGCAACACUGAGCUCUGGUUCCUCAGUGAUGUUUUACAAAACAUUUUCAGUUGUCUGACUGUUUCCUCCACCAGACCUUGUUUUAUUUUCAAAA